GGGGGGUGUCGGGGAGGAUUUUCAUUAAGGAUUUUAAUAGUGUAAAAAAAAAUUAUAAAUAGGCUAGCAAAGCUUGAACACAUGAGCGUUUUUCUUUUUUGAGAUGUUAGAGACUCGAGUAUGUUAAGGAUAUAUUGUUCUUUUCGAUCAUUUGAUAUUCAAUAUUUUCAUUUUAGUUUGAUUAAAUUUAGAUUUGUGCUAAAAGUUUUGCUUUCUUUAGGUUUGGGUAGGGGACAAUUUUCAUUAAAGGUUGUCAGGGGAUGAUUUUCAUUUUCAUUAAGGGGGUGUCGGGGAAGGGUGUCAAUAAUACUAAAAGAUUUAUAAAUAGGGUAGUAAGCUUGAACACACAAUUUCACAUAUAGUAAAAAUUUUAUAAAUAGGCUUAGCAGGUUUGAACAAACCACCUCAUAUAGAGUUUGUGAGUGUCUAGCCAAUAGAUUAAGCUUUUAAUUUGUUUUAAGAGGCUGGAACACACUAUCUCAUAUAGUGCUUCUAAGUACGGUUAGACUAAUCCUUCUGCUUAUUUUAUAAAAUGUUAAUUUAUGUAUUUUUAUUUAUAAAAUUAAAAUUUGAUUAUUAUAUAUAACAUAAUUUUUCGGCGAAAAGGGUUAACCUGGUCUGGCUUUGAAGAUAAAACUCUAGGAAUGGUGCGGUCAUCAAUACACUUCAUUAUCUAUCUUACCCCUUUUCUUAGCCUCUCACUAUUAUUGUCCUCUUCUAUUGUGUAUACUACCAUAAACAACUCUUCUUUUUGUGCAUAACCUGAUUUUCCCCUGUUUCAUAUCUCCUCUGUUUUCAUACAAAUGGCUCCCCUGCAUUUUCAAUUUCUAGUCUUCAGUACCCUUAUUUUGCUUCGCAAUGUCCAAUCAACUCACGCCACGUCGACAACGGCAGACCGAAUAUCCUGCACAAUGUGUUCUUCCUGUGACAACCCAUGUCAGCCUAUCUUCUCUCCGCCGUCACUGCCACCACCAUCAUCUAACUAUAAUUUUCCACCACCACAUUAUUUUCCGGGAGGUUACUCCCCGCAGCCUCCAUCACCGCCUUACAAUGGCGGAGAUGGUGGCAUUGGUGAUGGUGAUUACUACAAUCCUCCGACUGACCCUUCUGUAUACCCUAUCCCACCACCUCCAAACCCCAUUUUACCGUAUUUCCCUUUCUAUUUUCACAACCCUCCUUCACCUUAUACAAUCGACUCCAAAUCUGUUCAGUUCAAGAACAACCCUUACAUCACUUGUCUCAUUCUUGUCCUGCCCAUUUUAUUGUUUUUGUAACCACAAAUUUAUCCAUAUGAACCAAUCAGAAUAUGUAUAUCAGGUUCAGAAGCAUUAAUAAUUGUGGUGUUUGGACAAGACUGGUAAGGCAGGCCCAAAAUUGAUAUGGUCCAACUAGCUAAUCCCCUAACACCUUGUUUGGAUGGUGUUAUUCUUCACUGUAUUGUAGUAAUAUUUAAUUAAUUCCCAAACUACUUAUUAAAUCGGGAAAAUUCUGCGAAAUAGCAAAUAUUUGCCCUGUAUUAGGUAUUAUAGCUACAACUUGAAAAUUGUAAUUUACGGUUUCGGUUUUUUCAAUUCUUGUUGUUCGCUUGAUUUGUAUAAAUUUAAAAUUUGUAUAAUUUGAUUUCUGAUUGUAUAAAUUCAGAAUUUUGUGUAUGUU